UACUCGCCCGGCCGCGCCUGUCAGCGCCUGUGCCAUGGGGCUGCCCACUCUGGAGUUCAGCGAUUCCUACUUGGACAGCCCGGAUUUCAGGGAGCGACUGCAGUGUCACGAGAUUGAGUUGGAGCGAACCAACAAGUUCAUCAAAGAGCUCAUUAAGGACGGCUCCCUGCUCAUUGGGGCUCUGAAGAAUCUAUCUAUAGCAGUACAGAAAUUUUCCCAGUCCCUACAAGACUUCCAAUUUGAAUGUAUUGGUGAUGCCGAAACGGAUGAUGAAAUUAGUAUUGCUCAAUCACUGAAAGAAUUUGCAAGGCUACUUAUUACAGUAGAAGAAGAAAGACGGAGACUGAUUCAAAAUGCUAAUGAUGUAUUAAUUGCACCACUUGAGAAAUUUCGAAAAGAACAGAUAGGUGCAGCAAAAGAUGGAAAGAAGAAAUUUGACAAGGAAAGUGAAAAAUACUAUUCUAUUCUUGACAAGCAUUUGAAUUUGUCUGCAAAGAAAAAGGAAUCUCAUUUGCAAGAGGCAGAUACACAGAUUGACCGAGAACAUCAAAACUUCUAUGAAGCAUCAUUGGAAUAUGUCUUUAAAAUUCAAGAGGUUCAAGAAAAAAAGAAGUUUGAAUUUGUUGAGCCACUUUUAUCGUUCCUUCAAGGUUUAUUUACUUUUUACCAUGAGGGAUAUGAACUUGCCCAGGAAUUUGCACCAUAUAAGCAACAGCUGCAGUUCAAUUUGCAGAACACAAGGAAUAAUUUUGAAAGUACGCGACAAGAGGUAGAGCGGUUGAUGCAAAGGAUGAAAUCUGCCAACCAAGAUUAUAGACCACCCAGCCAGUGGACAAUGGAAGGCUACCUUUAUGUCCAGGAGAAACGACCACUUGGUUUCACAUGGAUUAAACAUUACUGUACAUAUGAUAAGGGAAGUAAAACAUUUACAAUGAGUGUUUCGGAAAUGAAAUCCAGUGGGAAAAUGAAUGGCCUUGUUACUAGCUCACCGGAAAUGUUUAAGUUAAAAUCUUGUAUCCGGCGAAAGACAGAUUCAAUCGACAAACGAUUCUGCUUUGACAUAGAAGUAGUUGAAAGACAUGGAAUCAUCACAUUACAAGCCUUCUCUGAAGCUAAUAGGAAACUCUGGCUUGAAGCCAUGGAUGGAAAGGAGCCGAUUUACACGCUGCCUGCCAUUAUUAGCAAGAAGGAAGAAAUGUACUUAAAUGAAGCAGGAUUCAACUUUGUGAGAAAAUGUAUUCAAGCUGUGGAAACAAGAGGUAUCACCAUUUUAGGGCUCUACCGAAUAGGGGGAGUGAACUCCAAGGUUCAGAAACUCAUGACCACCACAUUUUCCGCCAAAUCCCCUCCUGAUAUUGACAUUGAUAUUGAACUGUGGGACAAUAAGACGAUAACAAGUGGGCUGAAAAACUACCUCAGGUGCCUUGCAGAACCACUGAUGACUUACAAGUUGCACAAAGAUUUUAUUGUUGCUGUUAAAUCAGAUGAUCAGAACUACAGGGUGGAGGCUGUACAUGCAUUGGUGCACAAAUUGCCAGAGAAAAACAGAGAGAUGCUGGACAUCUUAAUAAAGCAUCUGGUCAAAGUAUCACUGCACAGCCAACAAAACCUCAUGACUGUCUCAAAUCUUGGUGUCAUAUUUGGCCCAACUCUGAUGCGAGCACAGGAAGAAACUGUGGCUGCCAUGAUGAAUAUUAAAUUUCAGAAUAUAGUGGUUGAAAUUCUCAUAGAGCAUUAUGAAAAGAUUUUUCAUACUGCACCAGACCCAAACAUUCCCCUCCCUCAACCUCAGUCUCGAUCUGGAUCCCGAAGGACCCGAGCAAUCUGCCUCUCAACAGGCUCCCGGAAACCCAGAGGGCGGUACACUCCAUGCCUGGCAGAGCCGGAUAGUGACUCCUAUAGCAGCAGCCCAGACAGCACUCCCAUGGGUAGUAUUGAGUCACUCUCCUCUCACUCCUCUGAACAAAAUAGCACUACAAAGUCAGCUUCCUGCCAGCCCAGGGAGAAAUCUGGAGGGAUUCCUUGGAUUGCAACCCCAUCAUCUUCUAAUGGACAGAAAAGCCUUGGUCUCUGGACAACUAGUCCUGAAUCAAGUUCUCGAGAAGAUGCAACCAAAACAGAUGCAGAGUCUGAUUGCCAGAGUGUUGCCUCAGUCACCAGCCCAGGGGAUGUUUCCCCUCCUAUAGAUCUGGUCAAGAAAGGGCCCUAUGGGCUUUCAGGACUGAAAAGAACCUCUGCUUCCUCCCUCAAAUCCAUCUCUGCAUCUGAAGGAAACAAGAGCUAUAGUGGAUCUAUUCAAAGCUUAACUUCUGUAGGUUCCAAGGAGACAUCCAAAGCCACACCAAACCCAGAACUUCCUCCAAAAAUGUGUAGGAGGUUAAGGCUGGACAUUGCCUCAAGCAAUGGCUAUCAGCGACCUGGUUCAGUAGUGGCAGCAAAGGCCCAACUAUUUGAAAAUGUUGGUUCACUUAAGCCAGUUUCUUCUGGGCGACAAGCCAAAGCCAUGUAUUCCUGUAAAGCAGAGCACAGCCAUGAGCUGUCCUUCCCCCAGGGGGCAGUAUUUUCUAAUGUGUACCCAUCAGUGGAACCAGGAUGGUUAAAGGCAACUUAUGAAGGCAAAACAGGACUAGUUCCAGAAAAUUAUGUUGUCUUCCUCUAAUACUGUUUAGCGGAUGGCAGUAUCUUCAUGGUAUCCAUGGUAACAAAUGAUAAGUGCAAUGAUUUUAUCUGACACAGAUAUGUCAAUCAGCCCACUAAAUGAAAACAAUCAAUUUCUACCAAGUUCUUCACCAGCAGACUACAUAGUUCCCUAGUAAUGGAAAAAGGAAAAACAUGUUUAAAUUGUAUUCAUUCUUUUUUUACUGUUUUUUUAAUUUUUUUCUUUUGGUAUUAAGUACUGUGAUUCUCUAUAAUAUCUCUUCCAUAGAAACAGCAAAAUCUUAAAUACUGUGCUAAAUACUAUAAUUCAAAGGUUUGAAAACCAGAAAUCUGCUAUAUGGAUUUUGAGAUCUAUCUUACUGCCUUGCAUUCUCUGAGGAACUUUGAAAUCAUUACUUACAACUACAAUGUAAAUUGUUCAUUUAUUGUUUUUUCUUUAAAUAUUCUGCUUUUAUAUGAUUGUUUUGUUGGUUCUAAACAUUUCAAGGAAAUAAGUCUUUAACAUAAUUUUAUUUUUUUUUGUUUUCCAAGUAGAUGAUACUAUUCGGAAGCAAUAAUUGUAUAUGAUGUCUGUAAAGAAAGUCAAAUUAAGUCAUACACUGAUUCCAUUGUAAACACUCUCCCCAGACUUCCAGACAACUUCCAUAGGUUUAGAGCAGGGAUCAGCAAACUAUUCCUAUCAAGGACUAAUGGUAAAUAUUUUGUGGCAGGCUAGAUUUCACCUGUGGGUUCAAGGUUUACUGACCUUGACUUUAGAGGAUUUAUAAACUAUUUUCUUAACUUUGGAAUAAAAAAUGUAAGCACUUACAAAUCAUAUGCUAUUAUCUUCUAGUAGAAUGAUAGUGGCAUCACAAGAGUAUAAUUACUCUAAUGAGAUUAUAAAAGUGCAGUAUAAAGGCAUACAACUUAAAUUCUACUCAAAACACUGUGAUGUGUCAAAAUAUUUUAAUAGUAUCCAAUUUUGGCUACUGAGAUAUUCUUCUAAAAAUGAUAAAAGCUAUGCCUUCUAAAGUCUGUGCUUAUUUAAAACAGAAAAUGAACCCAAAAGUACAGGAAUCUUAAACCACAUUGAACCACAAAGUUUGAAAUUGUGUCAUCAUCUUUAACUGGAGUAGAAUCUGAUUUCCUUUAAGCCAUUUGGUUUAUGACAUUUAUUCAGAAUUUCACUGAAUUUAUAGUUCAUAGAAAUAGAUAUUUACUACCCAUUUAUAUAUCUAUAUAUAUCAUCAACUGGUUAAGCAUUUUUCUAUUAUUUCUAUUUCAAUAAUUCUAAUAUAUUAUUUCUAUAAUAUCUAUAUUUGGUAAAGAGUCUUUCUUCUCAAGAUUCCAAAAAGCUGGUUGACUGCCAGUUGACUAUCACAGCCCUUCCCUACUUGGCCUUGAUGUCUUAAUGGUUACUUCAGAGUCUUUGCCCACUUUAUAGACACUCAGGUAUUUACUGUGCAAAACUUUUUACAUAUUAAAAAUCUACGAUCUCUACUUCUACUUUAAAUUAAUAUUUCUAGCAAUAGUAUGUUCAAUAUACACACAAAACUAUGCCUCAGAACAUUUAUGCUUUUAAAUAUAAAAUUAAUGGAUUAGACUUACCAAGUAAAGAGAGUAAUAGUAGACAGUCACAACAAGAAAUGAAUGUCAGUGAAUUGAAAUAAAUUUUAAAAAAAUAUUCUGGUUCUGAAAAUAUCCUGAAUGAGUGGUAAAAUCUGGUAAGUUUCUUUUACUUUCUUUUCUUGCUGUUGGUCUCCAUACAUUCCAGUGAGGUACUGUUGGAGCUUCUUGGUCAGGGUGCUUGGCAGGCCUCAGUAGUAAUAAGAACAUUGCUAGCACUCUGAUUUCCCUCUGCUGGAACAGAAAGUAGUCCUUCCAAAUCACCAGCCCCUCAUCUACAUGCCACCCUCAGUUUAAGCACCCUGGUUGUCACCCAGAAUUCUGAUAGAUUAUAAUCACUUAAAGCAAAUUUGGUUUUCUUACAAAGGGCAACUUGAUUUCAAAAAGAGAUUUAUAAUCUUACUUCACUUGCUGCAUAAAGAAAUCUCAACUUUCAUUUGAUUUUAACACAGACAAGAGUGUCUCUGAUUCUCAACUGUCUGUGAGCUAAUUCCACUGAUGGUCAGUGAGGAAGUAACUCUUUCACUGUGUAGAACAUGGAUAUGAAGUCCACCUCUCCUUUCUAAUGGUGAGGCAUAUUUUGUGGCAUUACUUCUUGUUGUCUCUCCCUAGAUACAAGCUACAAACAUGCUGGUUCAUGUUGUAAUUUUGUUUGAAGUUUUUGUUUUAUUUGUGGGUCUGAGGAUUGAACCCAGGGCCUCUUGCAUGUUUGGCAAGUGCUGUACCACUGAUCUGUAUCCCUAACCUUCAUGUUGUACUUUUGUUAGAAGUUUUAACCUUAUAGAUUUGUGAAGAUGGUUUAUCUUUAUAUUGAUUACAUGUGUAAGCAAGUCAUGGCCUAAUACUGGAGACAGGCUAAAGCUAUUUUUCCCUUCAAGUACAUUUCCUACUCCAAGACAUUUAUGAGCACCAAGAUAAUCAACACAUGUUCUCCAAAACAGGUAGAAUAUUAAUUACACAAAGGAGGGAAUGCCAGUCAGUCAUUAGAAGACAAUCACAUUCAGAAAUUUAAUAGCAUUGCAGUAACGGGAACUUUCCCUUUUCAGAGACCAUGUAAAGAUAUGUUAGAAUUGCCACAUUGACACAUUUGAAAUGUACGUGAGCACCUAAAUCACUGCUUACAGUAUAAUCAAUAUGAGGAUGAGAUUAAGGAUCUUAAGUUAAUUAUCUGUGUGUUAUGUGAAAAUAUCCCUGAGUACAAAACAUUUAUGUUUUUCACGGGUGACUUUUCUAUUAUGUCAUUACUUCACCAAGGUUAGUUAUAGAAACUAGUCAUUCAACUGAAGGAUUUUUCUGUUUUGUAAUGUGUGAAUAUCUGAAAAGUAAAAUAAUCUUUAUUUCCUAUACUGUCCAUGAAGUGUGAAGAGGUGUCGUUUUUCCUUGUCUGAUGUGAAUGGUUUUGCUCCUUGCAUUGGUUCUCUGUGCUUUGUAAUGUAUAUGAAUAUAACAGAUUUUCAACAAUGGCUCCUUUGCUGGCUUUGUGAGGUAUGGUGGAGAAAACAGAAAACAUACUUUACAUUUUCCAUAUUACCAAAAUGUCCAGGUUCCAAAAUAGGAAAAAUAAAGAUACCUGGGUCUUAUUCUGUAAUUAGCUUUACAUAUGCCUUCUAAAAAUCCAUUGUAUUGUGAAAACAGUCUCAUAAUUGCUGCAAUCCUGUGAAGAUGACACCUUACUAACCUCACCCCCAGCCUCGUUUUUCAGAUCUGUGUCUAUGUCAAAAUGGCUGUCAUUCACAUUAACAUUAGUUUGGAAUGUUCCUCAAAGCUUAUGCCAGACAUCUUCCACUAGUAACACAUCCUUUUCCUGAAAUAUUUAAGACUAGAAGUUUUGAAUUUGGGAAUUUUUUUCAUAUUUUGGAAUAACAGCAUAUACAUAAGACAUCCCAUUAUUGUAUAUGCCAUUUCUCCAUGUAUAUGCCAUAAUUCCAAAAUUUGCAAAUAUUAUGGGGACUAUUAUGAAAUAUGAAAUUCAUUUGUUUCAUAUACACCUUAUACACAAAGCCUGAAGACAUGGUAUGAAACUUUCCAAUUGUGGCGUCAUAUACAUGUCAAAAAGUUUUCAAUUUUGGAUUUUUGGGAUUGAGGGUGCUCAGGCUAUAUUGAGGGUGUAUCAGUUAGUGUUUAAAACGCAAGUCUGACUUAACACUUUUUCACAGAAGUCAAAGGCAGACCGACUUAGGAGCAGACUUUCUUCUUUGGUUCUACAGUACAUGUGAAACUUGCUCUUCUUACCAUGACCUCACAUUACUGAAGAGCACUCUGCAGUCCUAUCUCCUGGUAAAGAUAGAAAGCAGAAGUCUGACUCUUGUCCAGAAGUUAUUUUCCUUUUGAGCAAAGGAUAGUCCCUUAUGGUAGAAAUUUCUAUGUAAUUUUGUAUCCUUUGCUUUUGUUACCUUCUAAAAUCAAAACAAAUUUUAAAUGGUUCUGCCUUUCUGGACAGUCUAUGUCCAAACUAUCUCUUAUUGAUUCAGACUUAAUAACAAGUAUUAAUCAGCUAGUCUCAAUUUCCUGAACACACUGACUGUAUCCAUUCAUUGUUACCGUUGCCUUCUUGUUUCAGGUGCUGGUUCUAUGGGUAAUAAUUUUGAAGAAACUGAGGCUUAUGCAUGAUGUGGACUUUUUAUAUGAUCUAAUCUAUGAAUAAGAUUUUAGGUAAUUUUAGGGCAGUCACAUCCAUUAUUUUAAAUAAUCUCAGAUUAGCAGUUUUUUUUGUUUUUUGUGUUUUGGUACCAGGGAUUGAAUCAGAUUCACAGUUUUAACAGCACUCACAAGACGUCAUUGGCAGAAAACUUAUCUAGACCUAGAAUACUGUAUGACCUAGAAUACUGUCUGGAGAAAUGUUUUUAUGGGUUAGGGAGCCUAUAAGGUCAUCCCUUCACCUCUUGACAUGCAUUAGAGAGAGGCCAAGGUCAAGGGUGAAUAUUUCUUGUUGCCAUAUGGAGUUCAUGUGCUUACUGAGGAGCCAAAAUAGAGGCCAUUUUCAGCUAUACCAACAUAGAAAUUUUCCACUAUUCAAUAUGCUCUUGUGAGGCUGAAGGUGCCAAGACCACCUCAAUUAGAUGAUCACUCUCUCCAGUUGUUUUUAUCAUCAGCCAUCUCUCAUCAUUGUUUCCAGGGUCUGUAUCCUUCAAGGGUUGAGAGGAACCCUACUGUGCCUUAAAGCUUUUCCAUCUUUAAGAUAAAAAGUGUGCAUACUUCUCUAUGUGGAAGCAUAUUAGAGGUUUUAUACCCACCAAUGUAUCCUCAACCACCUUUUCUGCAAAGAAUGACACCUGCUAGAACUGAUCUAAGAAUACUGCCUGUACAUGAUUUAUACUUAAAAUCCAAGGUGUCUCCACAUUAUUAAAGGCUGGAACUUCAAGAGUCUUUUGUGAACUUUGAGCCAAAAUCUUUACAAAUAGCUUGGCAGGGAAGAUGCCUUAGUUUUUUGUUUGUUUGUUUGUUUGUUUGGUACAGGGGAUUGAACUCGGGACCUUGUGCUUGCAAGGCAGGCGGUGGAACCACUGAGCUAAAUCCUCACCCUCCAUGGAUGCCUUAGUUUUUAAUUCAGAGUCCUAUUUACACUCUGUUAAAAUAUGAGGUAUUAUAGUUUAUAUAAAAGUUGAAUAUUUACAUAUUAUAUUUCAGUAGUACGAGCUUCUUAGCAACUAUUAACAUGGCAAAUUAAUAAAUAUGAUAAAAAUUGUCAGUAAAUUAUAUUGAAUUUUUUGUUUAUAUUGUAGUGUUUUGUAUUUAUCUGCACUUUAUGUGCAUGUGUGUAUACACACAUGCAUAUGCCAACAUGUAAAUAACUUCAUAUUUUUCCUAAUCUAAAUUUAAAAUAUCUUUAAUGUGUAUUUACAUUGUUAUAAGUUACUUUAAAAAUAAACUAUAUAAACAUGGUUUAAUUUGGUCUUUGUACUUGAAGACCCAAUGUCUUGGAAGGGUGCUGUCUUGGCUUCAUUUUUAGAAAAAUCAAGGUUUGUGGUAAUGUGAAUGAUCAUUUGGGGUUUGGCUAAGAAGAAAAUCAUAGCAUAAUUUGAUGACCUUUUCAUGACAAGUUGGUAUUAUGAGAGAUUAGGAAAAUAUUAAUGAUGGUAUUAGCAAUGCAAGUCCUAAAGAGGAGAACAGUAAAUGGGGUGUAAAUAAUAUCAGCUAUACUGUUGAUAUUAUGUAGGCUUAUCUGAAAUGUUUGCAAGUUUAAAAUGUGCAAUAGGAAGAGUAUCAGUACAUAAAUAUUCCCUCAGAGUCCUAUUAGUUGUAUGACCCUCCUGGUUACUAUUUGACAUCCAGCUGAAAUUUUGCUUUCCUCAUAUACAAGAAAGAGAAUUGUGUAUUUUAUGUUGAAAAUGUGAUUAUUAGAGUACACCAAAUGACCUUGCCAAGACUAAGGCUGACAGGUUGACCACUGGGCAUUCAACCUGGUUUGACCCAAUGGAUCACAUUUUUCAUCAAUCUCAAAAGAGAGGCAAUAAAUUCAUGCACAAAACAAGUUAAAAUGUUUAAUUAACUCCAGUAUGAUUAAAGGAGAAGUGGCUUAGUUUAGGUAUUAAAGAUCAUUGUGGUUGAGCUAUUGUUUAAAACUAUUAUGUUAGAAGAAAUUGACCCGAUAGAACCUCUUAUAAGGGCCAAGGAUUUAGCUCAGUGGUUUUGCCACCUGCUGCGCAAGUGCAAGGACCCGAGUUCAAUCCCCGGUACCAAAAAAACAAACAAACAAACAAAAAGUACCUCUUGUAAAAUAAUAAACUAGGUCAUAAUGGUCAAAUCUGAAAUAACUUGAGCAACAAAAUAAGAAAUGUAGUAUUGGAUAUGUAAAUUAUAAUACUAAGUGUAAGAUAUACACAUGAAUUCCCACUCAUUUAUAUUAAUAAUAAUAAAUUUCACUUAGGUAAAAUAAAUGGGGUACAAAAGAAAAUUUUUUUUAGAUAAAUAUUCCAGAUAAUAAUUAGAAAUGUUAGUUCUUCUUACCUCCAGGAGGUAGAGUUUAAACUUGCACUGCUUAUGGAUGGGCUACACUAAAUAUAAUUGAGUAUGGAAAUAAUUGAGUAUGGAAAACUGUCAUAACUCUACAGCUAAGAAAGGUAAUGGCCUGUUGUAACCCUGUGAUGAAAGUUACCACCUUAUCACUCUGUCAUUAACUUGCAUCCUGAUAUAUAAAGAGCACUGGUGCUUCUGCAAACCCAUAACUCCAACAUAGUCAUGAGGAAAACAUCAGACACACCCAGAUGGAAGACAUUCUACAGGAUAUUUGUGAGCCCAGUACUCCUCAAGUUUAUUAAGGUUAUGCAAAAUAAGGAAAUACUGAGAAGUUGUCACAAAUCAGAGGAGCUACAGGAAACAGGACAUCUGAAGACAAUGUGGAACACUGAAUUUGCUUCCGGAAGAGAAAAAAGACAAUGGGAAAACUGAUGAUGUUCAAGUAAAGCCUAAUGUUUAGUAAUUCAUUGGGUGUUCUUAUAUAGUUUUUUAAAUUCAAAGCGAAUACUUUGGCUUAUUCAAGACUUAAAUACUUUCACUUGUUUCCUCAUUAAAUUGUAAUCUAUGUGUGCAAGGUGUGGCUCCUGUUUAUCACUCUGUCCCAGGCACUAAGACAGAACUGAGUAUACAGUAGGGAAAGCCCCUUUUAUUAAAUCAAUGAAUUCAUUAACACUGUAAGCAAUUUUAGACUUUAGAGAUUGUGUCUAUGGGCUUGUGUUAUCUUUGUCUCUGUCACCUUGAACAAGAAUAGUAGAAAUCACUCUGUACUAUCCCAUGAAUGGACAGUUCUACUCAAGUUAUUUUCAUACUGAUGGAGCAAAUGUAUUUGUACAUAUGAAUGUUAUUAAGUGCAAAAGUUAGAUGUCGAUUUGCUUUUACCACUGCUAGACCUAGGUUGAUUGCACUGGAUGAGUUGGGGUAAUGUUCAAGAGCUCAAUUUUGUAAGCACAGAAUAAUUACGAAUUUGAGAAGUUAAGCAAUGUUAAAGUUGAACUUCUUGAGUCAAACAGCUUGUGUUGCUUUGUACAGCCAAAAAGUGAGAACUCAUAAUCCUUUCCAGGUUUCUAACACAACAGUUACUGCUAUUCAGGGCGAAAAAA